GGCCAAAGUGUUUGUUCUACCUCUUUGUCAAUUAUAAAUUCUGACAGGGUAACGGAGACUCUCAUUAAGCUCCAUUAACAUAUUGACUUACACAUCCCUCAGGAUUCAAAUGAAGGAGAACAUGGGACAUGCAAUGCAUGUAUGACCAAAGUCACCAAACCCUGUCCAUACCACGCAAUUGUUCCAUCCCCUUGGGACAAACCAAAAUUUAUAAUAUAAAAGGGAGGCUUCAGGGCACAAAAGGCUGGAGGAGGAAAACACCUCUGGAGGAGGAAACCACCUCUGCCUGCUCAGGAUCAGCCAGCGGAUUGUGUCUCUCCCCCUCUCCUGAAGGGACGCCUUUAGGGGGAACAGCUUAAAAGCAGAAGACUGAAGGGAAGGACUGUAAAUCACUCAAGUGACCUUGGAACUGGGAAUAAGCCUUGAUAAACCAGUGUGAACAGCACGGACCAAGUAUAACAGUGCCUGCAUGUCCACUUCUGUGCCCCUGCCUGGGUGUUGCUUCAGGGAUCCCUGACUAGUGAGGUAACAGAAAUAAAUUUAUUCUUUGCAUCCCAGCCCUGAUUUUGUGUUUAUCCCAUUUGCCGGCCUUUAUCCCAGCAAGACCUGGGAACAACCAUGUCAUGGCUAGCAAAAAGGUCAAAGAAGCCAAAAAAGCUGAAAAAGUUGAAAAAGUCAGGGGCCGGAGAGGCUGUGGCGGUGAAUCCCCACAUUCCAGGAUGGCCCAGCACCGAGCGCUGGACCCCUGUGGCCACUUUCCUUGCCACAAUGGCUACUCCAGAGACGUGGCCCGAGAUAGAUGACGGGGUGGUGGUGAACCCCCACAGGGUCGAGAUCGCCAUGCGCGGGCUGCCCUGGAAAGCCGCAUCCAAGUCCUCCCGCAAGCUGGCAGGGAGGCUGGGAUGGCUCCUGGCCACGGGGCUGAGAGCUCUCGACAGGGAGGUUAUAGCCCUGCAGAGCAAGGUGAGCGAGCUGGAAUUGGUCACCUACGCCCGGGCUCGCGACUGCGAGGCGAUAGCACUGCAGAGCAAAGUGAGGGAGCUGGAGUUAGUUACCUACGCCCGAGCUCUGGAACGAGAGGUUACAGCGCUGCUGGGUAAAGUGAGAGAGCUGGAAAGGGAAGUUGUGACUUUACGGGCUGCAAAGAUGAUUGCACAUGAGGUAACCACCACCCAAGCGGAGCAGUGCUACGAGCAGCAAUGCACUAUACAGCAGCUGGUGUCACCUAGGCAUAAAUAUGUGGAAAAUAAAGUGCUGAUCUCCCAGGUUCAUGCUCCAGCUAUGAAAUCUUCACAGGAUCCCAAGGAAUGGGAUAGAAAUCUUUGGCGUGAGUACUCAGACUUUGAGAUUGAGAUUUAGCCAGAUUUAGCAGAUAGUGGGGUGGAAUAGAUCACACACAUUUACACUCUGAAAGAGUUCCAAUUAUGCACUCCUAGACAAGGAAAUCCUUUUGAAUUAGAAAUAAUAAUUCUAGAUUAUAUAGUCUUAUGGGGAUUGUGGCUGAUGACUGGAUAAAAAAACAAAAAACAAAACAAAAAAAAAUCUUUAGAAUUUUGGUCCAAGUUAUUCCAAGGCACCACUAUACAUUAUACCCUGAUGGGAAAAUGAAUCAAAGAUGUAGCUUGGGCACUGCAGAAACUGAAGGAAUUACAUGCCAAAAUAGCAUGACUGUACACCUUCAGUACAAAACAUUGUGAGGACCAAAAAUCUUUAAGAUGGUGUCUUUCCUAAAAUAUUACCUACAGAGGAAAUGAAAUUUAUACCAAUGGGUUGUGCAAACUUUUAAUCUAGAUGUGAUCAUUCAUAUAAUAACUUCUGACAAUGGAGUAUAGUUGUUUUUAACUUAUUCCUUUUUUUCUAUAUCCUCUGUUAACAUCAUAUUCUCUGCUUGUAUUUCAUGUAUCUUUGAUUAUUUCCUGUGCCGUAUCUAGGGGGGGAUGGACUAGAACUAUGUUACUGGUGUCACAAAACCAACAUCCAGUCAAAAUUCAAUCUGAAAUAGCAAAAGCCACACCUCUCUAAUCUGUGUGGCAAAUUACCCCAUCUCCAGUUACCAAGCCUGGAGUAAUAUUGGCUGAAGGAGCUGGAGCAACUACAUGUGUAUCCCUGGAGAGAGACGACACUCCUGUUUUCUCCACAGGCUGGCUUGUUGUGCUUUUUAGGUUUGUACCAUAAGCACAUAUCUUGGAUAAGAUUCUGCAAAAUCAAUAUGUAAAUACUUGUGUGUUGUUGUUUUUUACUGUAACUAACUUGCCCUUAUUCUUCCUGGGAAGUGUCUGUAGAGCAGGUGAUGUGUGCCCUCAUGUGAGGUUUAACUUUGAUAUCCAAGGCAGCUGCUCCCUUAUAUUUGUGAACCUUGCAACACUGGUUACUGGAGAACUACAUCCCCCUUCAACAUCAUGAACUCUGUUCCAAGUUUGAAGGCAUGUGCUGCUUUGACCUGGCUGCAGAACCAGUUGGCAUGGAGGAUAUAAUUCAUUAUCUCAAGGACUUCAAAUCACAACCUACCGGUGAUGCCUGACAGAAGGUGUGGGACACUUGACUCAGAGAAUUAUAUGCUUAUUUGUUUAUUCCUUUUCCCCUGUGCUUAAAUGCCUCUGUAAAUCCCACGUCCCACAUUUCCAGCUCCAGCAGCAGUGGUCUCUUGAGCAAAGGGGUGGAACAGGUUAAAAAGCGGAAGACUGGCGAGGAGGACUGUAAAUGGCUCAAGUGACCUUGCAGCUGGGAAUAACCCUUGAUAAGCCACUGUGAGCAGCAGCCAGGGAUCCCCUGGCAUGGACAGAGUUUAACAGUGCCUGUGUCUCCUCUGGUGUGCCUCUGCUUGGGGGAUUCCCCGGUCAGUGAGGUACCAAAAAUAAAUUUACUCUGCAUUCUA